AUGGAAGAUCUCAAGGGGCAACACAGGGAUUACUGGUGGAAGUAUGGGAGUAGUCCGUUCAAAGACGAACAUAACCAAUCGAAUAAGAGACGGAGGAUUGGUCAAGAGGGAGAUGGUGGUGAUGCUGUUGAAGGUAGUGGAGACAAUGGUAAUAACAAUGAUGGUGGUAAGACUGAUCAGUAUGCGAAUAGUAAUUGUGGGAGUUGUAUGUAUGGUUGCAAAGCUAAAGCUAUGGCGCUUACCAAGUAUUGUCAGCUUCAUAUUCUCAAGGAUAGUAAGCAGAAGCUCUACACGGGUUGUACUAACGUUAUAAAACGAUUGUGUGAAGUAGUGAGCCAAACCCGAGAGAGGUUUCUUGUUUUAAUUCGUGUUUGCAAAAAGGAUUUGGGAUUGUCACUUAGCUCCGUUUCAAGAGCUCCAGCAGGACCAUUACUUUGUGGAAAACCAACACUAGCGUCGACUGUUCCUGCACUGUGCAAUAUGCACUUCCAGAAAUCCCAAAAGCUUGUUACGAAAGCUCUAAAGGAUGCAGGUCACAAUGCCUCUACAACAAGCAAGCCUCCUCCAAAGCUUCAUGUUAUAGUAGCUGCAUUUGUGCAUCAUAUUCAAGCAAAAAGAAAAAAUCCACAGAAGGAGGGUAAACUUAAAAGUGUUGUAAAAGAAGAAAAUACAAGCUGA